AACUAGGCAGAAUCAAAGAGUGGGUAAUGAUCGGCCAUAAUUGGCUGCAUCAGCUAGCAGAGCCUUGCAGCUCUCUUCUCACUCUUGCAACUACCAAUAGCUAGCGUUCUAGUCUGUCUUGCAAGGACACAUAGUAUCUGGAGUCAUGUCUCAUGCCGAUGGUGAGAGAACAGAGCUGCUUGAACUAAAUAAGAAAGUGGAUCAGAUUAAGGACAAAACAACGGAAAAUGUGAAAAAGAUAAAACAGCGUGAAUACAAUUUGGGAAUACUGAGUGACGAAGUUGAUCACGUGGAACAAAAUGCAAAAGAUUUCAAGAAAUCUGCCGAGAAUGUGAAUAGGGCGGAGUGUUGUAAGACGUAUAAGCUUUGGAUUAUUCUAAUAACAAUUGUUGUGGUCAUCAUACUGGUCUUGGCUGUCAUUCUGAUAGGAGUACUUGUGAGUCUCUUCAAAAGAUAACAGCCUUGCAUUCGUACCAUGCAUUAUGACAAUCAAUAUGACAGUGUGUGUAUACGUACUUAUAUUUGGCUAAUCAUUUUUGACAAUUAAUCACUCAUCGUUUACAUAAAAUUACGAUCAAUAUAA